AUGGCCCUGGAUUCUUUGAAGGAGCUGCAGAGCCUUGACUGUGUGGUGAGUUACCAGCUGGACGUGUGCUCCCAGCUGGACUCCAUCAGCUUCCAGACCGUUCUGAUGAGGGAUGUUUUCUCACGCCACCCAGAGGUGGUGCUGAUUCACCGCACGCACAACCCGUGGGGCAAAGCGCUCUACAUGUUCAUGGUGGACAAGCCUUUCCUGGAGCUCGAGGGGGAGAUGAGCAAAGUGGUACACUUCUCAGUCCCGGCCAAGGAAACGGCGGAAGGCCUGGCUCACAUGUACCGCACCUUCAAGGCCUUCAACCCGGAAUGGAAGCAGAUCAAGACCUUCCUGGUGGAUCCGCGCUUCCGGCUGGUGCCCACGCUGUCCGAGGCCUUUCCCUCCGCCGACGUGCAGCUGUCCGUCUUCCACAUCUGCAAGCACCUGCAGCAGAAGGUGCACCAGGCCUCGCUGGAGUUCCACACGGAGAGGCUGGUCCUGAGUGUGCUGCGGAACGCCAUGUGUGCCCCCAGCACGAGCAACCUGCGGCGCAUGCACCGUGUGCUGAGCCACUUCGUCAGGCCCGGCCUGCUGCCCCCGCCGCACAGGGACUGGCUGGCCAACGACAGGAUCUGGGCCAUGCACCGCCGGCGGAGCUGGGGGGAGUGCGGCCGCUACUUCAGGGGCCUGGAGGUGGUCACGCGCGGCUUGAGCCAGGUCUUCUGCGGGGGCCCCUCCCUGGGGAGCUGCGUCACCAGCAUCGCCAGGAACUACCAGAGGAGCGUCCGGAGGCGCUCCGCAGAGGCCGCGCCGGGCCCGGCCACCCCGCUUGGCCGGGACGCCUCGUCCCUCCACGACGCGCUGCAGAGGCCUCUCCUUCCACGGGAGCCUCCCCCGGCAGCCCAGCCGGCCGCCCCGAAGCCGACAGCAGAGGCGGCCGCUGAAGAGGCGGGCUGCGAGUGGCCGGCGGCGGUCACGGCCGGAGAGGCGGAGCGGCUCAUCAGGCAGUCGCUGAGCGACAUCUGCACGCAGCCGGCGGCCAGGCUGUGCUUGAACGAGCUGGAGGUGGUCCGGAGUUCCGAGCCCCUGAUGGGAGCCCACGGGGACACCGUCCACGUCCAGCUCCUGGAGGAGGCCCACAUGGUGCCCCAGAAGGGGCUCGACAGCUGCUCCUGCCACUUCAGCCGGGCAUUCCAGCUGCCCUGCAGGCACAUUCUGGCGGUGCUGAACGCCGAAGGGAAGGAGCUGGAGGCACAGAGGAUUCCCACGCCGUGGCGCAAGGGCCACGGCGACCCCCAGCCCGGGCAGGCCGGCGCCGACGGCCCCCUGGAGGUCCUGCGCAGCUCGUGGGACGGGCUGCUCGACAAGUACCUGGCCGUGUCCUUCCUGACCGCGGAGAUCAGCCGGCUGCUGAGCCAGUGCAGCCUGGAGGAGUUCGACCGCAGGUACAGCACCCUUCGGGAGCUGGCCGACAGCUGGAUCGGGCCCUACGUGCAGGUGAAGUUGUGAGCGCGUCCCGGCUUCCCUCUCUCCCAGGAGGCUCAGCCGCUGCCCGGUGGCAGCAUCCUUUCCGGGUUCUCCGCGAGCGUGCUGAGAACAUGCCGUUCCACGUCUGCCGUGUGCGGUGGGACUGCUUUGUCCAAGACGCGUGGGCCAAAAUCGGGGACGUGCGCAUUUUCGCCCUCACUCGGGAUCUGGCAGGUGGGGGGCGACCCAGGAGAGGAGGCCUGGCCUGCGUCUGAGCACUGAGCUCCGAAGGGGCGAAGGCCAGCGCCUCGCCUCUUCGCGCGGCUCGCGUGCCGGAGGAUCGGUUUCGUGAGCUGGCUCAGCACCGCCUCGCUGCUCGUGGGCGCAGGAGACCCUGGGGCGGCCCCUGCCCCCUUGCUCACCUCUCUGCCCUGCCGUCCCCGUGCCAUUAAUGAGGCCGGGAUCUCUGGGACCCGCCUUCCUUGGGCGAUAAUAAACUGUUUGUUGCCCCUC